AUGAGCAGUGUGGCUAGCUCCAGGGGAGCCGGUGGUGGGGCCUCUGGGUUCUGGGGCACAGCAGGUGGCUUUGGUAGUCGCAGCCUCUACAAUCUAGGUGGCAACAAGAGUAUCUCCUUCAGUGUGGCAGCUGGGGGCUCAAGGGCUGGUGGUUUUGGUGGAGGAUAUAGCAUCUGUGCCAGUGGCUUGGGUGGUGGCUAUAGAGGUAGAUUUGGGGGUGGAUAUGGGGGAGGUUUGCUGGAGGUUUUGGGUCUUGGUGGCUUUGGCCCUGGAAGCUUCUCUGGAGGAAUCCAGGAAGUAACUGUUAACCAGAGCUUCCUGCAGCUCCUCAAUGUGGAGACUGACCCCCAUAUUGGGGAAGGGAAGGCCCAGGAGCGUAAGCAGAUCAAGACUCUCAACAACAAGUUCGCCUCCUUCAUUGACCAGGUGAGGGUCCUGGAACAGCAAAACAAGGUCCUGGAGAGCAAGUGGGAAUUGCUCCAGCAGCAGAGCAUAAUCUCUGGCUUGGGCCCUCACAGUCUGGCACCUUUCUUUGAAUCCUACAUCAGCUUCCUGUGCAAGCAGUUGGAUUUGUUUCCCGGGGAGAGGAGCCUGGAGGGAGACCUGAAGAACAUGCAGCAUCUGGUGGAAGACUUUAUAAAGAACUUAUCCCUGGAGUUGGAGAGGGACAUGGAUGCAGCUUACAUGAGCCAGAAGGAGCACGUGGGCUGCCUGACAGAGGAAGUCAACUUCCCGAGGACCCUCUGCGAAACGGACCUGUCCCAGAUGCACAGCCAUGUCAGUGACAUGUCUGUGGUCCUCUCCAUGGACAAGAACUGCAAAUUGGACCUGGACAGUCUCAUUGUUGAGGUCUGCACCCAGUACAAGAUUGCCCAGAGGAACAAGGCUGAGGCUGAGGCCCUGUACCAGACUCUGCAGAGCACAGCUGGCUGGCAUGGGAAUUACCUGAAGGGCACCAAGAGCGAGAUCAUGGAGCUCAACAGGAUGAUCCAGAGGCUGCAGGCAGACAUUGAGGACAUCAAGAAGCAGGGRGUGGGGGUGGGGGCAUUCAUUGCAGAAGCUGAGGAGCAUGGGGAAUUGGCCCUCAAGGAUGCUAAUGCCAAGCUCCAAGACUUGCAGGCUGUCCUACAGAAGGCCAAGGAUGACCUGUUCCAGCUGCAGCAUGACUACCAGGAGCUGAUGAAUGUCAAGCUGGCCCUGGACAUGGAGAUUGCCACCUUCUGCAAGCUGCUGGAGGGUGAGGAGUGCAGGAUGACUGGAGAGUGUCAGAAUACUGUAAGCAUUUCAGUGGUUCCAGGGAUAGCAGCUGUGGAGGGGUCAGCAGUGCCUUUGGCAGAGGGGCAGGAGCAACAGCAGGGUCUACCAGAGUGGUAG